UACAAUGCUUGCUGCCCCGCAGCUGGGCGGAGAGGGAAGCAAUGGACCUUGGCACCCUGGUUAUCACCUCUUACCUUUUUGUGGGUUUCACUCAUCAUUGAACUAAGUAUUUGAAAGAAGUAAGAAGAGAGAGAGAGAGAGAGAGGCAUGAUCCUGCCGCUGGCGAAGCUGGGAACCCUAGCCCUGAAGACCUUCUGCAAGCCAAUCGCCAAUCAGCUAAAGAAGGAGGCUGGCGUCCACCCUAAGUUCCGCCGGUUCAUCGUCAGCAUUGCCCAGGCAAACCAUCGAAUCACCACUAAUAUCCAAAGGCGAAUCUAUGGUCAUGCAACCAAUGUUGAGGUCCGGCCUUUAAAUGAAGAGAAAGCUGUUCAAGCGGCUGCAGAUCUCAUUGGGGAACUCUUCGUCUUUUUGGUUGCUGGCUCUGCAUUGAUCUUUGAGGUUCAAAGAAGUGCCAGAUCAGAAGCACGUAAAGAAGAAGCCCGCAAGCAAGAAAUUGAGAUUGCGGGAUUUCGCCGAAGAAGCGCAUGGGAGGGAGAAAGUUACCUUCACAAUGAGCAGCUCCCGUUACUUCUGAUCCAACAAAAGGGAAGAUCGUCAAAGGAGCGAAGUCGGACAACAAGAAAGCAGUGGAGGAUGGAGGCUAUGAAACAUAGAGUAGAGGAUCUAGCAAAAGAACUGGAGCUUCUGAAGCGAAAGCUUAAUGAGAUAGAGCAUUUAGCUUCAAAGCGGGGCCUUAGCAUACUCAAUUUCAGGCAUGGAAAUAUGCUAAAAGACAGCAAGCCUGUUGCUGCUUCUUCAUGAUUCUAUAAGUAACUAACAUUGAAUCGGAGCUUCUCAACCAAAAGUUUAUUGAAGCUUUUUCUCUGAUCAUGUAUCUUGUCCCAUUUUAUGGUUAUGAUAUCAUUAAAAGCGGAUUCUUCUUUGAUUGAAGCUUGGUUUUUUGAUGGUUCACCUUGCUCAUGCUCUUUCAUGUUCUCUUUUUUUAGAGCCCUCUAUAAUCCCACCCUAAGCAUUUCCUUUUUUCUUUUGAAUGUACAAUUAACUUCUCUGUUUGGUAAACUUUCAUUUUAUAUUUCAUAUGGAUAAGCUACUUGUCUA